AUGACCGACCGCCGCGCCUCCAAGGACCGUGGGCUCAACACACCCGGCCUGUCCGGCCUCGCGAACUCGACCGGCCGCCUGCUUUCGACGGGUGCGAAGGAGCUCGCCAAGACCAAGUACGGCAAGAACAUUGGCUCGUUCAUCACCGCCAGCAACGCGCGCCCCACCUCAACCUCGCCCAAGCCGCCGUACCAGCCACCGCACCAGCAGUACGGCGCCGCGCCCGUGCUGCCACCACGCCCGGGGCACACAAUUCACGCACCCGCGCCGAGCAACUAUGGCCCACCCGUACCAACGCAUCCGAACGCGUACAACCAGGGCGCGUACGGGUACGAACAACAACAGCAGCAGCAGCAGCAGCAGCAGGGAGGAUUCAACGCGCCAAAUCAAUUCAACGCACCUCCGAACCAGUUCCAGCAGAACCAGUUCAACGCGCCUCCUCCUCAGACCCAGCCAACCCAGUUCAACUCGCCGCCUCCGAACCAGUUCAACCAGCCGCCAAACCAGUUCAACUCACCUCCCCCGAACCACGCCUCGCCGCCACAGGCAUUCUCCUCUCCCCCGAACCAGUUCUCGCCGCCGCCGCCGAACCAGAACCAGUUCCCUCCGAGCCAAGGGAACCAACAGAGCUUCCCACCCCCCACCCAGCAGCCGGCCCAGCCAACGCACAGCCACAGCCACAGCGCAAGCUUCUCCCAAGGCAUGCAGGAUGGCUUUGGACUGUACCAGCCGCCGUCGCACCCAACACACUCUCCGCCCGUCCACACUUCGCCGCCACUAGCGCACAACUCGCCGCCCGCGCAGCACAUCCCACCACACAUGGGCCCGCAGCCGGGACAUAUGGGACACCAGCACACAGGCUCGAUGCAGCCCUCUCCCCAGAUAGGCCCACUGGGCCCGAUGGGACAGCAGCACACAGGGCCCAUGCCGCCCCAGCCUAGCCCGGGCCUCCCGCCAGCGCACCACACGUCGUACCCGCCGCCGGGGCAGUUCGGGCCAUCGGGCGGCUCGUUCGCCCCGCCCACCCAGCACUUCAACGCGCAGCAGGCGCAGCCCUUCCCCCCACCCGCACACUACCCGCCAUUCCAAGAGUCGCCGACGCAAGCGACGUUCCCCCCGCCCCCGCCGUACUCGCCCGAGGCGGGCGCCCCCGCCCAGCCCCAGUACAAGCCGCACGCCGGCGACCCCGGCCAGCCAUGGUACCGGCCGUACGCGGGGUCGCCGCAGUCGAGCAUGUCGUCGCCGCCGAUCUCGCCGCCCCUCGUCACGCCGCCGGCCGCCAUGGUCUUCGCUGAGCCGCAGUCGUAUUAUGCGCCGCCCCCGCAGCAGCAGCAGCAGCCGGCCGGCCAGCCGGGGUACGUGUACCAGGCCGCGGCGCCGGGACAGGCGAUCCCGCCCGGCGCGAUCCCCGUGUACGCCAACACCCCCAACGCCCCAGGCGGCGGGGGUGGGGGCGGGGGCGGAGGCGGGGGCGGAGGCGGCGGCGGCAAGCCGCAGAAGGACAGCAAGCUGUCCAAGCUGAACGACACGAUGGGCGUCAUCGGCAAGCAGCUGCAGCUGCUGACGGACCCGCGGGACCCGGCGCCGUACCCCCCGCACGGGUACCCUGUGCCGUCGCACUCGUACCCCCCGCCGGUGUACCAAGGCUAUGCUCCGGCUUCGGCGGUGCCAAUGGCCGGCGCGGUAUCGCCGCCAGCGCCGGUGGCCGGCCCAGCGCCCCCACCGGCACACCAGAACACCUGGCCUCCGCCGCAAGCAUAUCCCCAAUCGCCGCCGCAAGCCCAGUUCCAGGCGCCGCAAGGCCAAGCCCAGCCGUCGUAUACGACAGGCUACAGCUCGCCGCCGGCGAGCUACGCGCCGUUCCAGGCCUCGCCGCCCGUCGUCGGACACUCUUCGCCGCCGUUCUCGCCUCCCGGGGCGUAUGCACCCGGCCCAUCCUCGCCGCCAUCCAGCGCCGCCGCCGCGCACUCCCCUCUCUCGUUCUCCACCCACACGCACUCGCCCUCCCACGCCCACUCCCUCCCCGCGCCCCAAUACCCCUCGCCCGCUCCACCCCCGCCCGCCCCGGUCCUCGCACACACGCCCGCACCCGCCCCCGACCCCGCGGACUGGCCCGCGGCGCUGCAGGCCCUCCUCCCGCCCUGCGUGGCGGCGGCGCGCGCACACGUCGCGUGCGCCCACACCCAGCCCGACACAAUCUGGCUGUACUUUGUCGACCUCGGCGCCGUGUACUUCGCGGACGCGGUGUACGGGAUCGACGGGAACGCGUUCGGGCGCGACGAGCUCGCGUGGGCCGGCGUGCCGCCGCACGCGGGCCACGCCGAGCUGUACCGCGUGCUCGCCGGGGAGUGGGUGACGAAGAUCUGCCUGCGGAGCCGGGUGGAAGAGGUGCAUCCGUCGCGGGUCGUCGUGCGCGUCGACGUCGCGACCGGCGCGUUCGGGAGCACCAUGUGCUACGAAGUCGCGAGUGUGCGGCAUCCGACGCUCGCGCCGGCCCAAGUGCUGGCGCUGUGGGUCGCGCGCCUCAAAGCGACAGGGAACGAUAGCGCAGAGUUCAUGCCUGCUUAGACAAUGC